CGAAUACGACGCGGUAUCUGAGCGACAGCUUUGCCCGAAUCCGAAAGCCAAUCAAAGUCGUUCAACGGCGACACUGACACUCUUGCAUACCAAUUACAAAUCUUUCGCUUAUUUUCGUUUCAAUUUCAACUUAAUUUAUUUAUUUUAGUCUCUUCUGCUUCUUCGACGCAUCUACUGUUUGGCUUUCAAUGAACGAAGUGAUCACAGCCGGUGAUGCGUCAUCGAGCUUCCGAUCGGUAUCAUCUGAGCCGUCCGUCAUCCCCUCUAAUCCCAUUCUACUUUGUGCCUUCCUCGCUUUGGCCAUCGCUCAGUUUCUCAAGCCUUUCACCUCCUGGUACAAGGAUAGGAAAUGGGACUUCAGAAAGAUGCUUGGGUCAGGGGGCAUGCCCUCAUCACAUUCGGCACUUGUGACAGCUCUUGCGGUUGCUGUUGGUUUACAAGAGGGAACUGAAACACCAGCCUUUGCUAUUGCACUGGUUGUAGCAUGUGUUGUAAUGUAUGAUGCUUCUGGUGUAAGACUUCAUGCUGGUCGUCAAGCUGAAUUACUAAAUCAAAUUGUGUGCGAGUUACCUCCUGAACACCCUAUAUCGAACGUGAGACCUUUAAGAGAUAAGCUUGGUCAUACUCCAGUUCAGGUGGGUGCCGGUGCUGUGCUGGGAUGUAUAGUGGCAAUCGUCACGCGAAGUUGGAGUUAAAAGGAAUUCAACAUAACCGCUUGUGAUUGUUUGACCUAAAAAUUGACCAGUUACAUUAUUAAUAUUGUUGCACCUCAUAUACAUCCGGAGAAACGUCGGAACAAUUUUAGUCUCAGCGAGAUUCUUGUUGUUGUAGUUCUUGAUGGGUCAAGUUUAGGAUGCAAUACUAUGUGUGAUAUGUAUAAAAUUUGCCGAUUUACUCUCAUAUCAGACUUCAUACUUGUCUAGUGUUUGACCUUCCUGAAGACAUGCUACAUGGGAGACAUUUCAUUGAUUGUUUCCUUAAAAUUGACCAUCGUUUAUUGUAUUGUUUCUUUUGAGCUUUAA